GCGCCGGGCGCGGGACUGGGCGGGCGUGCGGGCGCCCACUCGGCCGCCAUGUACACCCUCAGCAAGGGGCCCAGCAAGCUGGUGGCGCAGCGCCGCACAGGGCCCCCGCAGCAGCAGGUGGACGGCCGCCUCGGCGAGCUCCUGAAAUGCCGGCCGCCCUCCGCGCCCCUGCCCAGCGCGGGGCCCAGGCUCGUGUUCCAGCGGGUGGCCGGCCGGCGGGCCCCGGGCGAGGGCGGCCAGGAGCCCUACACGCCGGCGCACCAGGAGAACGUGCGCUUCGUGUCCGAAGCCUGGCAGCAGGUGCAGCGGCAGCUGGCCGGCGAGCGCGGCCCGAGGCCCGUGCAGUACGUGGAGAGGAGCCCCAACCCGCGGCUGCAGGGCUUUGUGCCCAUCGAUCUGGACGAGUGGUGGGCGCAGCAGUUCCUGGCCCGGGUCACCAGCUGCUCCUAGCCACGGCGGGACGAGCUGCCCGCGCCAGCCACACCGCAAGUGCCCGCGCUGGAGCCGCGGCCCUGCCGCCGCCGGGGCCCCUCGGCUCCGCUCAAUAAAGUCAGAAAGUGCC